AUGUCACAAAAUAUGACCAUAUCGAAACUUGAAGCUGGGAUGGAUGCAUCUAAUGAUAACAAUAAUCCAUAUGCGAAGCUUUUGAAGGGUUCUUGGAUAGCUCAGUUCCUAUAUGGAUCAAAUCCAUGGAUGGCUAGAUAUGUUUAUAGUGUGAUGUUUUUAUUAGCAAAUUUGCUUGCUUGGGCUGUUCGUGACUAUGGGCCCACUGCGUUGACUGAAAUGAACAAAUUGAAAAGUUGCAAAGGUGGUGACGAUUGUUUAGGCACCGAAGGCGUUCUGAGAGUCAGCUUCGGAUGUUUUAUGUUCUAUUUCACUAUGUUUCUUUCAACUACUGGCACCUCAAAAUUGUAUGGACGAAAAGAAUUGUGGCAUUCUAGUUGGUGGUCGGCCAAGAUCGUUCUCAUGAUCGCGUUAAUGAUGCUGCCUUUCUUUCUUCCUACACAAAUUAUUCAGUUAUAUGGGGACAUUGCACAUUUUGGUGCAGGGGUCUUUUUGCUAAUUCAACUAAUUAGUAUUAUCAGCUUCAUUACAUGGUUGAAUGAAUGUUGUCUAUCCGAAAAAUAUGCCGAGAGAUGCCACAUCCACUGGAUGCUUCUUGCAACUACUGCAUAUGUUGUGUGCAUAUUGGGGAUCAUUUUAAUGUACAUUUGGUACACACCACAACCCACUUGCUUGCUUAAUAUUUUCUUCAUCACAUGGACACUUGUACUCCUUCAACUUAUGACAAGUGUCUCCCUUCACCCCAAAGUUAGUGCUGGUUUCUUGACUCCAGGUUUUAUGGGACUCUAUGUUGUGUUCCUUUGUUGGUCUGCCAUUAGAAGUGAACCAAUGGAUGACAAAUGUCUCAGGAAUUCUGGAGCCUCUAGAGACUGGCUAACUAUCAUAAGCUUUGUUAUUGCACUAAUUGCAAUGGUGAUUGCUACGUUUUCAACAGGCAUUGAUUCCAAAUGUUUUCAGAUUAUGUCAUGCAGUUUUCGAAAGGAGGAGAAACAAGAGGAAGAUGAUGUUCCUUAUGGGUUUGGAUUCUUCCAUUUUGUUUUUGCAACAGGAACAAUGUAUUUUGCAAUGUUAUUAAUCGGUUGGAAUUCUCAUCACACAAUGCAAAAGUGGACAAUUGAUGUUGGUUGGACGAGUACUUGGGUCAGAAUAGUAAAUGAAUGGCUAGCAGUCUGUGUCUACUUGUGGAUGUUGGUAGCUCCGAUCAUAUGGAAGAGUAGACAGGUGGAGGAACCCAAAUAGCAAAUCAAAAUAGGAUGCGAUAAUACUCAAGAAAACCUCUUCACCAUGUAUGUUGCAAAAUUUACAUACAAUUGAAUGAUAUAGAAGCGGAAGAGGGUAGAAACUAUAAAGUUACAUUGAAGAAAGAAAAGAAUGACAUCCAUGGAGACGAUGUGAAGUCCUUGCAUGUUUAUUCUACUCUCACUUAUUUUUUAUAUAUGUAAUCUUAGUUAGAAAGAAGCAAAGCAUAGGUGGAAGUUACAAAAAGGCACUCAGUUUUGUACAUUUUGAGUUGAGUUGUCUCUCGUUUAUAAUCACAUCAUUUU